CAAUAACAAAAUAAUACGACCACCUGACUCUGCUGACAGGCAGAAAUGGCAGAAGCUGUAAGAGAAAACCCCAGGAAAUCAAAGGGAGGUGAAACCAAACAAAAGAAAAGUAAAUUAAGGACAAAAGAUGUUGUGAAAACACAUCAAUCUCCAGAACUUUGUACUACUACACAAGAGUCUUCAUGUCCUAGUCUUAAAGAAGUCUGCGAGGAGGAAAAAAGUGACUCCACAACUGUAGCAGAAUCAGAAGAAACAAUUUCUCUUGACAAACCUUUGCAUCACAAAGAUGAAGUUGUCAAAGAAUUGGAGGAAUCAUCUUUGGAUGGAAAGGAAAUGGGGGCGCCUCCACCUGAUCCAGAUGGGUUACUGGGGGUUGCUGCAGGUGAAAAGGUGGAGGAAAAGACAGCUGAUACUGAAGAGAGUGUGUCAGCACACAGUGAAGCAAAUACACAAUGUUCACAGACUCCUAUUACUGACUCUCUUGUUCAUUGUGCAGAAGGAACUGAUAUAUUUACAUCUGAAAUUUUUUUGUCAGGUGAAGAUAAUGUGAAAGAUACAGAGGCAUCAUUUGUAGAUCAAAAGGCAGUGGGUGAUGUUUUACCAGAUCGAGGUGGUUCAGUAAUAGCUGGAUGCGAAGAAACAGAUCAGAUUGAAGAAAGUGCUAAAUCAGAAGCUGUAGAAAGUGUUCAGAUAGAUACUGAGAUACCAACUGAUCCACAUGGUUCAGUAAUAGCUGGAUGUGAAGAGACAGAACAGAAGACAGAUCAGAUUGAAGAAAGUGCUAAAUCAGAAGCUGUAGAAAGUGUUCAGAUAGAUACUGAGAUACCAGCUGAUCCGCAUGGUUCAGUAAUAGCUGGAUGUGAAGAGACAGAACAGAAGACAGAUCAGAAUGAAGAAAGUGCUAAAUCAGAAGAUGUAGAAAGUGUUCAGAUAGAUACUGAGAUGCCAGCUGAUCUAAAUGCUUCAGUAGGAGCUGGAUGUGAAAAGAUGGAACAGAAAACAGACCAAACUGAAGAACUUGUUGCAGCAGAAUCUAUAGAAAGUGUUAAGUUAGAUACUAAAGCAGAUUCUGAAGGCUUAAAUAUUCCUAUUAUUGAAUGUGGAAUUGGAACAUUAAAACUUAAACCAAUUCAAGAUGUUAGUUCUGUCAGUGACAAGGAGGUUGAGAACACACAUAGAAAACAAUCUCCCAUUUUCAAAACUGGUGAGCUUAGUUCUGUUAAUACAGAAAUAUCCAAGAUAUCUAUAUGUGAUAGUGCUACUACUAUUGAAAACAUUGAGGCUGGACCAACUGGGGUGGAUUGUAAUGUUACUGAGUUUGAAGUUUCUCCCAGUGAGGUGCUUAACCCAGGUGAAAAAACAGAAUCCUCUCAAUCAGUAUCUCAUAUGUUAUUUGAUGUUCCACAAAUGAACAAGGAACAGUCCAUGACACAACCCAGUCAGACUGACAUCAAAUCAUCUCAUCUCAAAGAGGAACCAGUUCCUUUAGCUGAGCAAGGUCUUGCAUCAGCCAUGGCAGGCAUAUCAAAAGAACAUACAAAAGAGAAACAAGUUCAAAAUGUAGUAUCCCAAAAAGAAAAUCAAGAAAAAGUCAUGCACAGAAAGGUGUAUCGAGAAGCGACAGAUCAGAAAACGGUCAAACCAAUGACUAUGGAGCAGAUUCAAGCACUUUACUACAAUCAGCAGCUGUUGAAAAACCCACAGAUAAUAGAGAAAUUCAUUCAGAAUGAAGCAAAAAAGGAAUCCCAUGAGUUCUAUGAAAUCCUACUGAAUUACUAUCGCUCACGUAAGAAUCUGUUGAGUGCCGAAGAUGAUAUUGCCAUUCUACAGAAAGCAUAUAGCCAGCUGAUGGAAGAAGUCUGGAUUACAACUACACACACAGUCACUGCCCAGGGUCAGUGUGGUGAUGGUUCCAAGGUCUCUACAACCCAUAUGUACGAGAUGUGUAAACUGAAUACAUCCGCGAUUGAGAGUAUGAGCCAGACUCUGCUGACCAUCCGAGAAGAGGUCCAACAGAAGUUGUCAUUGUAUGCCUAUUCCUCACAGCUGUCCAGACUGCAAGUUGAAUCAUAUUUGUAUUCAUUUUUAACCAAAUCACCAGCUUUGAAAAACAUUCCAAAAAAUGCUCCCAUUCAAGUUCUCCUUGUUCAGAAGGCUGAAUAUUCACACCAAAUUGGGAAACUCAAGGAUUGUAUCUCUGUGCUGUUCAUGUUCCACCGGCGUCCAAGCAGGGACCGGGAAUUUCUUAACAACAUUCGGCAGUGGACACAGAAACUGGUUGCAACACUUCUGCGCUUAGCAACAUUUGAAGAUCAUUUGUUUAUACUGAACCACAUCCUGAGGUGCCCAGCUGGAGUUGGGACGUGGGCUACUAAAUUGGUUCAAGUCCCACCACCGCCACCGGCAGACACAGCAGGAGGUUUCGGAAGUCCUUUGUUGGAUCACCUUGUCACUGAAUUGUCGACGCUGUUACAACCCACCAUUGCCCGGGAAGACUUCAUGUGUCAGAUGAGAACCUCAGUGAGCCCACAGAGUGUUCAGAUGGAAAACACGUGGAUCAUGGUCGAUUCAGAUGGGGAAGAAGAUGAAGACCCCAGCAAUCUUUGGUUAUACCUCCAUGAAAAUGAUAUCGUAUCAAUUCUGAAGCAGUUUCCGGUCACUUUAGUGUUUGCUCACGUACUCAAAGCAUCCGUCCAAUUUUCUGGAAAUGUGAAAUAUGACAUUCACCUCACCACAGAGGCUGUGAUUAUUCGUGUGUUUGCGUUUGCCACGAUAUGGAUCACAAUUCUUGGUGACGGGCUGAAGACAUACAGCAUGACUCGGUAUCGCCAGCUCAAUAAGCGGCUUGGCAAGAUGAUCAGACAAACUGUUUCCUUUGUGUCCGAUCACUGGCUCAACUUCAAGGCGUACAACGCCAGCCGUCUACCCCCUGCCACACUGGAGAGACUGCAGCUGGAGUUUGACCACUUCUUCAUGAGAUCCACUGACUGUAUUCUCACAGCUCAGAAAUUUCAUGACCCUUUGUGGCAACUGGGAUCGUGGCAGUUUAUGGCAGAUAUGCCAUACACCUGUGUUUCUAGUGAGAGUAUGUGGCAGUUACUGUACAUCCUUCAUCACGGUCAAGGUCAUUCUCUAGAUCUCGAUUCCCUGCCAACUGUGGAAUUCUGUCGGGGGUAUUUGAAAGAUCCAGACAGCCGACAGCAGCUGGCAGACAACCUGAUGAACCUGCAGACCAGUGAGACCAUCUACCUGUUAACGACAUUUGCCAACAUGGCGCAGUGCCGCUCUGGUGUCGAAGCGGAAUUCAUUGAGACUGUAGCUUUUGGUGUCUUUGAGAUAUCCUACGUCUGCAGUCAUACCAGAGAAUUUUGUUCCAAGGUUGGCCGUGAAUUGUUGUAUACUAUUAUGAUCAAACACCCAUUCAUCUUGUCCCUACUUCUACAGAGGGUUAAGGAAGUCAUGUCACAAGUGGGAAUGAUGUCCCUGUACCUGUUUCAAGACCUUCCAAUCCAGAAGUGGAUGCCGUCUGACCCCGAUAUGCUGACAUUGAGACAGUGGCUGUUAACACAUGACUUGUCUCAGGCAGAAAACCAGCUUGCCAGGAGCGUUCUUAGUCACAUGAACUGGAACAUCAGUGAACAAACUGGUAAACCAGUCUUGCCAAUACGACUACACCGGCAAGUUGCUCUGCUGAUAGUGGAAGCUUACAACAAGUACAUUUCAAACCGCAAUAUGAGCUCUAUCAUUGGUGAAGGAAUACGUCAGAUGGCUUCAGUAGUGAGACAGAAUCAAACAAGUGAACAACAUUUCAACAACUGGGCUUGGGACUUGGUACUCAAGUUAAAGCUGCACAGCUACUCCAUUCCGUCAAACUUGCAGGAAUGUAGCCCUCCAGAUAUGGCCAAAGAUGAUUGGCUCUUGCCUCUUGGCAAGGGCGUGACACAAAAAAACCCAAUGGCUUGUUAUGUGGCAUUGGUUAUGUCCAACAUAGGCCAUGAUAUUACAAGUUUUACCACAGAGGGCAUGGACCAUCUCCAGAAUCUGCUGGCCUGUAACCAGUUCACUGCAGCCAUUCACGUGAUCAGCUGCCUCGUGCCGUACUUCAACCAGAGAUCGCAGUACUUCCCACAGAGUGACGGGUUCCAGAAGGUCCUACAAAUGAUUCUGUCAGCAGACGAAUCCUUGUUCAAGAUCGCCAAGUCUGUGCUGAGUUAUGACUUCCCUGGGGCCAUAACAAAGCAGCUAACAGAUAUGAUCCAAUCUGAGAUCUUGCAGCAUCUGUCUGACAGUAGUGCAAGUUCCAUCAUCGUCUUCUGGCUGAGUGUUCUUCUGAAGUCGCCUAAAGGAAUCACUGACAGAAACUACUGCUUUGUGGUCGACAGUUUGAUCCGAUGUACCUUUACACUGAAGGGAACCUACAUUGAGAUUGAAGAAGUCUUUAGUAAGACCUUUGAGACCCUGUUGCGGAGUGACAAGGGUCGAGGUGUGAUGUCAUCUGUGGUUUCGUGGAUUGCCUCGGGGGUGACGUUGCCGUCGUUGAUGGAGAGAAGUUCGAUGCCGGAGUUCACGUGGCUCGCCUACAUGGUCCUGCACACCGAGGGGGCAUCCAGGGUUUGUACUCAACUCUGGCUCAACAUUCAGCAGGAGAUGCACAGCAAUCCCAAGUUACCAGCAGACCAGGCGCACCGGCAAUCGGUAGUGAAGUUGAAACUGGAGCAGGCUCCAGCAUUCCAUCGUCUGAACAUCUAUCGCUGGGCGCAGCAGGCCCUUGAUGCACCGGUUAGUCACCCACUGCUGCCAGUUCUCUACCAGAGAUUCUUCAACCUCUACCUGUCAAGACUUGUCACAGAGUCCAGUUUACCGCAGAGAGCCAGUGUUGGCGAAAGAUUCUUUGAGAGCAUGAGUUAUUCCUCCAUGUUGAAGAAGAUGAAAAAGAGGCUGGCGGAAGCGGCCGACUACCACAUGAACUACAAGCCUGCAGAAGAUGCAGCCGCACUGGGCGGUAGUCAGAAUGACAAAUACGCCAGCUCCAAGGAACUGCAUCAGAAACUGGCCAGGUUGUAUCAGACGUUUGCUCUGUGGCUGGACGAGCCCCGACUCCACGACGCCAACCUCUACCUGCCGGCUCUUCCACCCCAGUACGAGUCAGCUAGGCUCUUACAGGUCUUCCAAAUGAAAAUGAAGCCAUGGCUGGACUUGGUGGAUCUCGAUGGAGUGCAAUAUUUACUGAGUCUCGGUGCCGAAGACUGGAGAAAAGUUAUCAACUCUUUACUAGAACCUGAUCCAAAAUGUUUUCAAGGGAAGGAAGAGGAGGCUGCAAGUGCUGCAGAAAGAAUUGUUCGAAGGUUAAGAAACACUGAAUCUGUAGAAGAUCCUCCACCACUGGUGACCUUGACAGCUCCUGUGCCUGAAAUCAGUGUGUCCAUCAUUGGAGAAAAAUCACCUUUCAUGCAUCUGAUGAAAGCAGAUUUAAAUGUUCUCAGGGAUUAUACAAGGAUUUUUGCAACAUGUACUGCUCGUCACUGUGCUGUGGAUGAGACGUACUUGGAUCUUCUACCAGAGCUGUAUUCUAACGUGUGGAGAGAGGUGACUUUGACCAUUGAAUGCAAAAGCAAAGUCAACCCACUUCACCGCUGUUCUAAUCCUGCUGUUACUAACGUCAGGGUGAAUGAGAAACAGCGGAAUGAGAUCAUACAGCGAAAGAUGGACGAGAAUCGCGCUGAGUACAAACAGGUGAUGAUUGAGGGUCUGCUGCCUCCUCCACAGAAUGUCUGCAUUGCUGCCGUCCACGUGGAAAACGCAAUCACACUGUUAAUCAAGCGGUGUCAGUCGAGCACAGAUGAUGCUCUGCGGACUGUGUUGUUCGACAUUGCCAGCUCAUUGUUCUUCUACCUGGCCUCCAUGGUGAAUGAGGAGACAAACUUCUACCCUCCCACUAAACAGUUCUUUAUAUCCUGCACUGAGAUACUGGGGAAGGAGUUUGUGUCCCGGGACCCGCUGCAGACAUGCAUGGUUCUACAGAUGUGUUUAGACCAACCAUCGCUGUCUGGACUGAUCUCCCCCCACUUUGUGCCUGCCAACAGCCCCCAGCACUUCAUCGACAUGUACGAACAGCUCAUCCACGUCCUACAGCAACAGAACAUGGAUCUCGUCUUCAUGCUGCUCACAAAGUUUGAUGUCUGGUCAUGGCUGGAGAAUGUGAAGCCACCUCAAGUGGAGAAGAAAAGGUUUAUUGAUAUCCUUGGUUCCGCGCUGAUGGCUUGUGGAGCCGAGCCUGAGAAACAGACGAAACUUGUCUUUGAUUUUUACUGUGGUCACCUUCGAAGCUUCCUUCAAAACAACUUUCCCAGCAAUAUUUCAGAGGUUAUCAAUGUGGUUCUUCAAGGUUCGACAUCUGAGAGGCUUCACGUUCAGUGCUGGGAGAUUCUCUGUAUUGAGUGUUUCAUGGUGACACCACAAACAACGGAUUCGAGUCAGAGGAAAACAUCUGUGAACUUUAACAUGACGGAAGUGGAGGCCUGUACCGACACCAUGCUCAGUACGACACAGGUAAAGGAGAUUCACCAAUGGUUUGGUAGCUACUUUCUGCAAGUCAGACUCACCGACAUGGAUGCAGCCACGUUUGGUCUGUACCCGAAGUUGGGCCGAUACGUUCCCUACAUUGCCCAGUUCAUCGGAGGAUUCAUGAGAAGUCUCGUCACAAAGAUGAUGCCAAAUGUAUCCGAAAUGAAUCCAUAUCAAGUUAUUGAACUAGUAUGGACAGAACUGGUACAGGUGUUUUCUCCCUGGAUACAGCAUCUUGGAAACAAGGAACAAACGCUCUUUCCGUGGACUGAGGGUGACACAUUGGUUGCUAUGUCCAUGGUUACUAUGUUCAGGAAAGUGGUGGAAUUUCUUAUUGCUCAGCUUUCAGUUACAGCGGCGGAAUACAGUGCUGGGGUGCUUGCCCUGUUGUUGAUGUACUAUGCCACUGGCCUGUGUACGAAGACGACCCCACCCUACAUCUCCGACCUCUACCUCCAGCAGUUCAAACUCUUACCCUGGGAGAAACUUCGACCUGACCUACAGCUGCUGGAAACCAUAGCUCAGAUGAAAGAGAGAACAUCCCCGAACUGCUUCAAGCUGGUGAGCCACCUGCUGCCCAGGCUGGCGUGGCCAGACAUUCUGCAGUACUACCAGAUGUGUCAGCCACCUGACGUGGUGUUCCGCAUUCAGGCCGCGCUUCUGCUGCUGCUCAUACAGACCUACGGAGAUCGGGAGAUGUUACAGGAAGAGAACACAGUACAGCUGUUGCAGUCAGCAGAGAACUUUGAUUGGAGCUUUGUAACCCUGCCGAGUUUCCAGACAUCCAACAACUGGUUUUUACAAGUGUGUGAUCCGAAAUGUGUUCUGUCAGAGAGGUCAUCCCCAGCUGCGGUGGGACUCAGAUUAUUGAAAGUUGCCGCUGGUUUCAAUUCGCGCACGGACAUGCCAUGGUCACCUGACCUGUCGUCACGGCGAGUGAUGUACAUGCACACAGUCACCCAGCUGUUGUGUCAGUGCACGUAUUUCCAGGACGUGGAGAUGAGUACCAUCGGAACCGUCAUCGUCAAUCUGCUCACGGAAAUAGAAAUGGUCGAAACAUCUGUGAUUGACACGAGGACACAGCAGGAGGAAUCUCUUGCACUCAUCAAAGAACUGCUGAGUCUGCUGAAUAACUGUAACCCAGACGGUGAGGCUCUGGACAUAGUCAUAAUGACCAUCACGCAGUGGUUGCAGGACUCCCCGCAGAGCAUCCUACUCACGCCCUGCAUCAAGGCCGCCUCGCGCUGCCUCGCAUCGCUCAAACAGAUGGUGCAGAUCAUGGAAGCCUGUAUCGAAGUCUUCUUCACUGCUGAAAUGGACUCUGUACAUGGAGCUGAGUGGGGUCUGAUUCUGGAAGUGAUCCAGAUGCCCGAACUGAAUGUGGAGGAGUGCAUAAAGGAGGCGGUGGUCGAAGGGUCCUACCUGCUCCUACAUGCCCACGUGCUUCAGCAACUUGCCUUGUGCCAGAACUAUGAAGACGAGGCCAAGAUCACCAACAGCCUCAUAGAGUGGUCCACUGAGGCAAAGCCAGAUUCGGAGAAUGAAGGGAAGCUUCUGUUGUGGUGGCACCAGUUCCUGCACCUGUUGUUAAAACAGCUUCGUGAGAACGGCUCCAAGUUCAUCUUCACCAAACAGCUGAAUCACUUCGUAACAGUGCUGCACAGUCUCGGCGAGGACCGGGCAUCCUCCGGGCUUCUUGGAGCCAUCGGAUUCGGGAAAAAGUCACAGCUUUCCUGCAGAUUCCGUAUAAUAUGCCGUACCCUUGCUGCCUUUCUGGCCAGCCACAUGUCGAACGAGACUGACCUGUGUCUACAACCACAACAACGUGCAGCCAUCACUACACUGAGCAAACAGACGAUGGCGGGUCUGCUGUCCCUCAAGUCGAACAAACAGUACAGCGAGUACAAGGAUCAGAUCGACAUGGUCUGCGUGUUCGUACAGGAUCCCAUGAUGCAUCUGCACGAUUCACUUGCCUUGGUGGAACAGCUCGUGAAUGCCUUUUUCCCGGACAAGUAUUAUCUCAAGGUCGUCCAGUGGAGAUGAUCAGCUUGGUAUGGAAUGUGAUGGUGUCUUGUUUAGAGACCUGCAUGAAGAUGGUUUAAAAGAGACUAACUACCUGGGCUUUUAUCAACAUUCUGCAUUGUGGUGAUGUUGAAGUGUUUAGUUGGUAUUUCAGGGUUGUUUUACUGGUCAGGAAAUGUCAAAGUCAACUCUGUAAAAAUAAACAGUGAAACCCCUCUAAACCAGACACCUGUGGGACCAAGUAAAAUAUGUGGUUUAUAAAGGGUAUCUGGUUUUGAGGGGUUUUACUGUGGUUGUUUCUGGAAGAAACAUGCAUGAAAUAAGAGUUAUGCAGAGCUAUAUAAUUAGGGGGGGAUGCUUUCUUCUCGUAUUUUUGUGACUUAUUUAAACCAUAAACUUAUUUUUUUCUGAAAACCAUAACUUUGGCCCGAUUGUUAGGACUUGAUGUGUAUGGUUUUUUUUAUAUAUAUAUAUAUAUAUAUAUAUAUAUAUAUAUACUAGGGGUUUUGUUUUGCAUACAGUUUAUGCCCACUUACAUUUAUAUAAAUAGUAAAUAAUGUAUUGAACAUUGCCAGUAUAUGUGUUUCUGUGAAACAGAUCUUUCAAGGUUGUUUAAGGUUUAAAAAUCAAGCCUGUGGGAACAAUAUCUGAAGUGGGGAGCACAAUAUCUAGUGGUGGGGCAUUUUUAUCUUUAUUUAUAUAGAGUAGAACAAAAACAAAGUACAUUUUCAUCGUCAAGUUCGGGGGGGGGGGGGGGGGGGACAGCUUGGGUUCCUACAGGCCUGGUAAUAAAUUAAACCUCUAUCAAUAUGAUCCCAGUAUUGGUUUUGUCAAGUUGGGUUAAUAAAGAUUUUUUGUUGUUGUUAAAGUUUGGUUAAAUUAGUUCAGAACAGAAUACUCAUAAAACUGACUUUCUCAGCAGUGGUUUAAAUAUGAGACACUUGAACUCAAAUAAACUUGGUUUACAAUGAACAAUCGAUUUUGUCAGAAUCAUCAUAAAUCAUCCAUUGUGUGUUUUUGUUGUUUCUGAAUUGAUGAAUUGUUAUGCAUAUCCAAAAAAAGAAGUAGUUACUGUAGUGUAUACAUCAUUAAACUUUAUAUUUAACCAAGUGUAAUCCUAGUAUAUGCAGGCUGGUUUAAAGGCAUACUGUCACGGAUUUAAGGAAUUUGUUUCUCUAAAAAUGGAUAAUAAAUAAAAAUUACAUUAAUUGUUGGAAACCAAAUCUAGCUAUCACAUCACCUUAACUGAACCAUGAUGGA